AUGGGAGUUUGGAUUGUGGCGGUGAUCUUUAGUUCACCGUACUUUGUGUACCGACAAGUUUUUCCUCACAAGAACAAUUUGAGCCAUUGCUCGCUGGAGGAGAAAGGAGCAGCAGAAGCAGAUGGCAAUGCAGCAAAGUAUAUCUACUACUGCAUUCGUUUCAUCUGUGGAUUCUUGUUGCCCUUCCUGGUCAUCCUUAUCUGUUACAUACUAGCUGCUGUUGGGAUACGCAGAACGCGGCUCUCUGGAAAAUCAAGGCCUCUUCGGAUUCUUGUCAUAUUGGUCUGUGCCUUUUUCUUAUGCUGGGCCCCCUACCACUUUAUUGGGCUGGUCAAGUUGGUGAAUGAAGACAACGAGGCAGUAAAAGUGGGAUGGAGUAUGACUUCAAACUUAGCCUAUUUCAACAGCUGCAUUAACCCGGUUCUGUAUUUCUGCAUGGGACUGGAUUUUAGUCAACAAUGCAACCAAAGUUUGUCUGGGAUUUUUCGCAAAGCUCUUAUGGAGGAAGGCCAAAGUCUCUCACAGCAAGGCACUAGAGAAGAAAGCCGUAUUUCCAUUUCAAAGGCUGCAGACCCUGAGUGUGAAACUAAAGUUUAA